AUUUAUUACUUUCUAUAAUUAUAAUUGCUCCAUGGUAUUUAAUAAAAUUCAAUCAAAAUGCUUUCCAAUAUAUUAGCCUGCUGUAUGGAUCCGGAACGUGAUCGUUCCGGUGAAGGUGAUAUGAAAUGUUACAAUUUUAAAGGUGAUCAAAUUGGUGACAUCAUCGGGGGCUUCAUCUCAGGUGGAGGAGGUGGUAGUAGCGGUGGUUCUCAUGGUGGCGGAGGCGGUAUCAGUGUUGGUGAUAUUGGUGGUAUUAUUGGUGGCUUGGCUGGACCAGGUAGCAAAGGCCAGAAGCUUGGUGGUCUUAUUAGUGGUAUUGGCGGGCUAAUUGGCAAAAAGGAUACUCAUUAUAGAGAUGGGGGUCCGAACAUUAAUCCGAAUAAUUUAAGCGGCGGUAUGACGGAUGUCGUAAGUGGUCUUGUCGGACAUUUAGCUCAUCGUUACCUUAAUGUUGACCCGACUACGGGGCGCAUUAUCGGUGCAAUUGCUGGCAAUCUUAUUUUCAAUCUUGGUGGCAAAGACAAUAAGCUUGGAACUGUUGGAAAAAUCGUUUUAGACAACAUUAUCAGCGGUAAAUUCAAGCGAAAGGUUGAUCCAUACGUACCACCAGAACCGAAACGACGUCUAUAUCCGCCAAUACCUGACAGAAGAGCGGACGAAGCACUUGACUUCUACGCAGAAAGAGAUAAUUGUCUUGCUAAACGAGAACUUUUUGAGGAUCCUCAAUUUCCGGCUGACGAUAAAAGCGUAUUCUUCAGCCAACGUCCACCCAAACAAAUCAUAUGGAGACGACCGGGAGAAAUAUGUGACAAUCCGCAGUUACUUUAUGAAGGACAAUCACGUUUCGACGUAGUACAAGGUGAAUUAGGCGAUUGUUGGCUUUUAGCUGCUGCAGCAAAUCUUACAUUGAAAGAUGAGCUAUUUUAUCGAGUUGUACCACCGGAUCAAAGCUUCACCGAAAAUUAUGCCGGUUUGUUCGUUUAA